AUGGAUACGUACAAGCAUUACAAUAUAUCGAUCGAUUGGUCGGUUUUCAAGAGCACUUUCCCGGACACAGGACUCGAAGAUGUUUCGUUGGGUGCUAUCGAGUCCAUGAAUAUAAGCGACGUACGAGAGUCGGAGUUGAUUACAGCGAAGCAGCAGACACUAAUGUGGAACGAGGAACAAUGCUUGGAUAUUGCUCCUGGUGAGGAUCGUACGCCUGAAAGCCACAUUUCCGAUAAGUUCGCCGAGGAGUUAUCAUUCCCCGGCAUAUACUUCGGCGUCGCCCGUCAAAUCAAUGCGAAUAACGGGGCGCGUUCCAGUGCCUACACUAUGUGCAUGUCGGAAACCCGAGGGAGGGACCGUCGCGGAGCGACGCCACAGCAUGUGCUCUACAUGGCCAUGAAAAUUCUCCGCCUUCGGGUCCGAGACAGUAUUCAAAGCAUGUAUCGCUGUUUGAGGACAACCGAAAGGAUAACACGGGAAAUGAUAGAGAAUAGAGAAUUUGUGGAACGAUUGAUUGAUACGAAUCAGGCUUUUCUAAAAACGAUGCCCAAUUCAGUACAGUAUUGGGCUGCCCGAAAGAAAGACUUGUUCGCAAUGAUCCGUCAACUUGGUAAACCGACGGCGUUCCUCACCAUUAGUGCGAAGGAAACACAUUGGCCGAAUCUGUUGCGUAUUCUUCACGGCCUUUCCGAAGGAUACAAUGAUAUCGAGAUACACGAGAUGGAGGAUGUUGUCGAAAAGCUCGACGAAGGUAAGCGAGCUCAUCUAGUGGCUGAAGAUCCGGCCACCUGCGCAAUUUAUUUCCACAAGUUGGUGAACGCAAUCCUGACGAUUAUCAGUGCCAAAAAGACAUAUAAGCCGUUCGGGGAAUAUCGUGUCAUCGAGUACUUCCUUCGUAUAGAGUUUCAGCAUCGUGGUAGUCCCCAUGCGCACAUCCUUCUUUGGUUAGAGAAUGAUCCGGCCGAGGAAAUCUCCGAUUCUAUGCCGAAUACGGUGAAUAUGAUUAGCGAUCUAUGCAGCGUAGAUAAGGCAAACAUGAGUGACCCAACAAUGAUAAAGAAUCAAACCCACGCGCACACAUUCACUCGCACGAAAAGAGAUUGUGAUCAUCAGCGUUAUCAGGAUUUGAUAAGAUUAAGUUUGAAACGGCCAACAUUGCUAUUCAAAAGAGACAUGACGCAGAUUUUUGUGAAUACAUUUAACCCAUGGAUUUCAUCGGUUUUGAACUCGAACAUGGAUCUCCAGAUAAUCCUCGAUCCAUACUCCUGUGCCGCCUACGUCGUCGAUUAUGUUAACAAGUCGAAUCGAGGUAAAAGUCACCUACACCGAGAGUUCACAUCGAUCCAUGAGGCGAACCCUGAAUAUGAUCAGACUCAGCUGAUGACCAAAGUUGGUCUGAAAGUUUUGAAUCGUGUAGAAAUGUCUGCGCAAGAGGCGGCUUUGUAUCUUUUGCGACAGCCUAUGAGCUGGGCAUCGCAAGCCACAGUCAUGAUUCGAGUCAAGAAUUCGAGGAGCAUGUUGUCGGUGGCGGCGUUUAAUAAAGAGCCCCGCCACAGCUUCCAUUCGAAAAACAUUUAUUUUUUUGCACUCGAAAUCACGUUGAAAAACGGAUCUUUGUGA